AGAAACAUCCCUCAAGCUGGUCUCUCCUUUCCCCGAAGGGUGAAGCAUCGCCGAGGAGUUGACGACUAGAUCCAGCCGACCGAAGCUCUCCUUAACCCUCUCUGCAGCUCCGCGGAUGUCCUCCUCGUGGUUCACGUCGACUCUGAGGACCAUCAGUCGGCCCGGGUGUUGGCUGGCCAGGCUCCGCAACUCUGCAGCCCCGUCCGGGUUUCGACAUGUUGCUACAACAGUAGUUGACAGUCUGGAGAAGGAUCCACAGAGCCAGGCUGGAUCCACUGAAGAGGCCUUUCGAAGAUGCCAAAAACUGCAAAUGUCAGCAGAGGAGACACUAAGGACACUGAAGAAACUGAGCAAGGGUGAUGAGCUGGCUCCAGUGGGGAAUUAUGAUCAGAGGAAACAGGAAGAGGAGCGACGAGUGCAAAACAUCUUGGAGCGUCUAAAAACUCUCUCUCUGGAGCUGUCGCCACCAGGACCUAGCACUGAAGCAGGUAAUGUUUCAAAGGAAGAUAGUGAAAAUAGUGCUGAAGAAGACGAUGACGAAGACAGUAACGACAAUGAAGAAGAGCAUGUAGAAAAUGAUAACAACAUUGCCGGUGAUGAGAGGCGAGAUUUGAAACCGCCAUCUCAGUCAGAUGCUCGCAUCUACAUGGUCCUCAGUGAUUUCAAAGGAGAGCAGGAAGGAGAUCUGUCUGUUCGGAAGGGGGAGGUGUUGAGGAUUAUCAGGAAGACAGCAGAUGGAUGGUGGCUGGCUCAGAACACUAAAGGCAGCAGAGGAGUGGUUCCAAAAACCUUCCUGAAGAUUGGCUCUAGUGUUGAUGAUGAAGAUGAUGAUGAUGAUGACGAUGAUUCAAAAGAAGAUGAUGAAAGGGAGGAGUCGGAAGAGGAGAAAAAUCAAGAUAGUGAAGAAUUAACUGAUGAUCCAGACAAACGGAGUGCUUCACAUUCUAACUGGUCUACAGUCAAAAAGGCUCUGAGUGAGAUUGAUGCAACAGAUGUGCUCUCCGCCAUGGGUGCUAUACCUUCAGGAUUCAGACCAUCAACUCUCAAUAAAUUACUGGUGGAGGAAGGUGCAACAUACAGAGGAAGUCAUUACAUUCAGCCUCAGCUCAGCCAAUCACAGCUCUCCUUUAAAGACCUCUUCCUGGACCCAGACACUGGCAAGGUUCGUCCUCGGCAGGUCAGCACGAGUGUUUGUUUCAGUUUGUGGAGCUGCAGGAUGAUUCCUACUCCUGGGGUUGGUGUUCAAGUCCUCAGCCGGCACGUCCGCCUCUGCGCCUUUGACGGAACUCAGGUUUUGAGUAACAUCCACAUAAUAAGGGCAGCCUACAACGCCAAGAGCCCAAAGACCUGGAGCUUCUCUCCAAGGGUGACCGGCAUCUUGCCCACCCUCUUGGAUGGAGACUGUUUUCUGCGCUUCAACUCUGCGUCUCCUAACCUCGGGAUCCUCUUUGAAUUAGGAGUCACUUUUAUACGAAACUCUACUGGGGAGAGAGGAGACCUAAGCUGUGGUUGGGCUUUCCUCAAAUUGACCGAUGAUGCAGGAAAUCCUGUGCCGAACAGGACCUAUGAACUGCCUGUGAAUGGUGGCACUCCAUAUGAGAAGGAUGUAGCAGUGGAGGCGUCACCCACUAGAGGAUCUCCAAGCGGUGUUUUCCAGCAGAUGCUCCAAGCCAGGCGGCAGCCCAAACUUAUUGUUAAGCUGAAAUCAGCCAACAGCCGGACGCAAACACAGCUCAGUGUCCUUCCAGAUACUCUCCUCCACUGCCUAAACUGCAUCCAUCUGCUGGUUCUGCACAGGCAUCUGCUCGCAGACGCACUGCUGAUGGACAGGCCCACAAUGCAGAAUGCAGAUCUAAUAUGCAGUCCUAUACUUUCAACCUUUCCUGUGUUGUUGGACCAGCCAGACCUGUUAGAUGCUCUCAGGAGUGCCUGGCUGGAUGCUGAGACUAACAUGAACAGAGCACAAAAGAGGGACCUCUCCUAUCUAAAACUGGAGUUUGUUAAAGUCUACAUGUCAUCUGUGUAUUUCCUGCUCCACUCUCCAUCGCUGCCCUGUUAUCGUUGGGCGGACCCGCUCUCUGAGGAACAACGCGCAAGAGUCAUUUACGCAAUGCUGGAAACGUUGAAAAACCAACGCAACAACACCGGCCGGUCAGGAGUUCCUGAGGUCUUUGUUGAUGGCGCUCACACGCAUCUCGCUUUUGAUGUUACAGAAUUGACUUUUGACCUUCUCCGUGUGGCGUGGUGACAGUAACGUCAUCUCCCUCUGGCUGAAGGUGCUAUUUGGUUGAAAUUAAUUAUCCUAAUUUUAACAUAUAUUUUGAAAAUAAUUAAAGGUUAAAGCUCGCAAUAUUCUAUAUGUUUAUUAUUUUUAGUAAAUUUUAAUGAAGAAGACCAAAACCAGCAGUGGUUGAAAUUUGCAAGACCGGGCUUCCUCUUUAGUAGCUGUUUUUCAUUACAAUAUAUCACAUACUAUAACCUAGUUAGUCUUUCAUGUAGUUAUUAUAGUUUUAGUUUUGGUCCAUGGCACAGAUGAUAUUAAUUAUAUCAUAUUUUAGAUACACUAAGAUAAAACAUGUGACAAGAUAGGGCAAUUCUUCAUUGGUUUUUCACUGAAUUUGUUGAAAACAAGACAAAACUCACAUGUCCAACACGCUUUACUUCCUUUCUGCUUCUGCUAAACUACUGAGCAUACACGUCUUUGCGAACCUUAUGUUUACCAAAGGCACUGAUCGUAGUCUGUGUAGCUGUGAAAUAAAAUGUUUUAUUUAUUUUGUAUUUAAUCACAGA